AUGGCUACCCCUCCUUCCCUCGAGAUGACGCUCCCUGCCGACGACCGCCGCAAUCCGCCCUACUACGAACUCGCUGCUGGAUACGAUGGGACGAAUAGCUUCCUGCAGCUCUGGUACUACAACCACGAUAAGAGUGGAAAGAGAAGGGUCAUGAAGCACAUAAUGAAGAGGAUGUUUGUCUUCAAGAUUGUCCAGUGGACUCGCAAACACAAGCUUGUCAUCGAGAGGGAAACUAUCACAAACCUACCUCGGGACGCGAAAUGGAAAUUUGGCCCAAAGUGGAAGUCAUUGGACCAUCUCAGCGAGACCAAGGGCAGGAGGAGGAGUCACAAGCAUCAGCCGGAGCAGACAAGAGCAAGAGUGGAACGAAUGCAAAGAAGAAGUGCAAAUUAG